GUGGACAACCUGAAUAUGAACUAUCAAAGUGGCGGAAAGUCACUAUCGGUACUUCAAUCUAUCAAUAUCGAAGUACAUGAAGGAGAGACGGUAUCCAUCACCGGCCCUUCAGGAAGCGGAAAGACAACACUCAUGGGAUUAUGUGCUGCCCUUGACAAUCCUUCUUCAGGAGAAAUCACCAUCUUGGGAAAUAAAAUCAGCCCACUUUCUGAAGAUCAAAGGGCUUUAUUACGAAAUAAGUAUGUUGGCUUCAUCUUCCAGAAUUUUCAGUUGCUGCCCAGUCUGACAGCCCUGGAAAAUGUAAUGCUGCCCCUUGAAAUGCAAGGUAUAUACACCGCUCACAAAGAUGCCGAAGACCUGUUGAAAAGGGUCGGGUUGGCCGACAGGGUGACGCAUUAUCCAUCUCAGCUCUCGGGUGGCGAACAGCAACGCGUGGCUUUGGCAAGGGCAUUUAUCAACAAACCAAAAAUACUUUUUGCUGACGAACCUACCGGAAACCUUGAUGGCGAUACCGGAGAGACCAUAGAAAAACUGAUGUUUGACCUGAACAAAGAUUAUGGUACUACUUUGAUCAUCGUCACCCACAAUCAGGACCUGGCUGCCAAAACCAAAAGAACCAUACAGCUAAAAUCAGGGCACGUAGUUUCAGAUCACUUAAACGAGGUUCCUGCCUGA